AUGGAGGAAACUUAUAAGGGAAGGGAACGAUUAAGAUUUUUUUGUCUUUACAUUCAUUUUCGUCUGUUUCAAGCCUUCUUCUUUCCUCAGGCUGCUGACGAAGCUGUGACAGACUUUCUUCCUGCCGAUGAUGUUCUAUAUGCUUGCUCAUCUCCAAGUUUUUCGCAGGAAACUACACCACUCAGUCUGGGAGUGAACUCUUACGCAAUACCCUCUACUGAAAUCCAUAACCAGACAAAGAAUCGGAAUGGCCAGACGAAGCACACAUCUGGUUUAACGUUUCACCCUUACAGGAGACUGAACACUGAGUGCACAACACCUGCUGGAGAAAGGGCUGAGCAAAUACCGACGAUGCAAACGUUUGACAAUGUCAUGGACAUGACUACAGUUGGGAAACCCGAGCAUUACGAAGAGGAACCGCCAUCAGAUCCUGAUGAUAGUGUAGUAGAAGAUGCGAACGAUCAAAUUCAAACAAAAUAA